ACACAAAUGGAUUCUAAGCAAAACCUGAAGCAGAUCAACGAGUCCAUUGAGAAAACCUUGGCCCUUAUUCAUCAACUUACCCUUACAGUCUCUAACUACGAUGAUGCUAUGCAAAUGCCACUUCUCCAACGCAUCAAUGGUCUUGUUGCAGAGCUUGACAACAUGAUGAAAUUGGCAGAAAACUGCAACAUUCAGGUUCCUAUGGAGGUUAUAAAGUUAAUUGAUGAUGGGAAGAAUCCAGAUUUAUUUACCCAAGAUGUUAUAAAUGACUGUAUUGCAAAGAAUCAGAUCACCAAAGGAAAAACGGAUGCUUUCAAGGGUUUUCGCAAGCAUCUAUUAGAGGAAUUAGAGCAAAACUUUCCUGAUGAAAUUGAGACAUUUAGAGAGAGUCGUGCUGUUUCUGCUGCGACACAGAGUGUAUCUGCUAACGGAGAUGCAACGCUUAAAGGAAAGCAUUGA